UCCCAUCAUUUCUCUCAGUCUCAGCCUGAGAGUUGAGUUAGCAGACAGCACUAGCUAGUAGCAGCAGCAGUAUCAGACUGAUCACAGACUCUACAAUACGGCUUUUAACAAUAAACACAGAUUAAGACUGAUCAGAUUAUCAGUCAUAGACAUGGAAGUGAAUACAGACUAGAGAUUAAAGUUGCAUUUGGAAGUCGUACACUUAUCAGCUGGAGCAGAACUAUGUGUCGCCAGAAGUCCUAGAGACGUCAAUACUAGUAAACGUUUAGUAGAACCAUGAGUAAAGUAGAACCAGGAGGAAAGGGGUUCCCGGAGCAAGGUAGACCUGAAUCAAAACCCACUUUGAAGAAGACUCCGGAGGGGUUGGUUCGAAUGAGAGCUCAGGCUGAGAAGGAUGUUAUUAACAUUCUGUGGUUCCGUAAUGGAUUAAGACUCCAUGAUAACGGAAGUCUCCAUAACGCUACUGAAGAUAAAACGGCUAAGCUACUUCCAGUCUUUAUAUUUGACGGCGAGACACCUGUAACGAAGGAAUGUGAGUACAACAAGAUGAAGUUCCUCCUGGAGUGUUUAGAAGAUCUUAAUGAACAGUUUAUUGAAGCUGGGGCCAAGCUCUACUGUAUUCAGGGAAAUCCUGAGGAGGUGCUUCGGAAGUUGAAGCAUCGAGUUCAGAUAAACCGGGUCUGCUUCGACCAGGAUUGUGAAGCGAUCUGGCUUGAGAGAGAUAAUAAUAUCAGGAACUACUGUGUUUCACACAAGAUUGAAGUAUUUGAACACAUCGGAGCAACUCUCUGGGACCCUUUAGAGAUUAUAGAGGCUAACGGUGGAACCCCGCCCCUCACCUACUCACACUUCUGUCACGUGACCAAGGGUAUCGGAGAACCAAAGAGACCCUUGCCCAACAUCGACCUCAGCACGGUCAGCUUCUACGAGAUUCCUGAUUCUAUUCUGGCAGAACUGAAAACCUUCCCCGGGGUUCCGACUCCAGAGGAUCUUGGGUUUUACAAAGGAGACGAGGAAAAAAUAUACAAGGGCGGAGAAAGAACGGCGUUGAAAUAUUUCAACCGUCGAAUGGCGGUGGAAAAGGAGGCUUUUCUUGAUGGAUCAUUUCUGCCAAACCGUCGUGAUCCUGAUAUCCUCAAUCCGCCAAAAUCUCUUUCUCCCGAUCUCAAGUUCGGAUGUAUCAGUGUUAAACUGUUCUAUUGGUCCACAAUAGAUGCGUUUAACCAGGUAAAUGAGAAGAAGUCCUCCUCCUAUUUGAUCGUAUCCCAGCUAAUUUGGCGGGAGUUCUACUACGCAAUGUCCGCCAACAAUCCUUUUUUUGCGGAAAUGGAACGGAAUCCAGUCUGUAUCAACAUACCAUGGAAAGAGGAUGAGCAGGCUCUGGAGAAGUUUAACGCUGCAAGGACGGGAUACCCGUUUAUUGAUGCUGGUAUACGUCAGCUAAAGAAGGAAGGAUGGAUCCAUCAUGUGCUCAGAAAUGCGCUCAGCAUGUUCCUGACCCGUGGUGACCUAUGGUUGAACUGGGUGCACGGAGAGAAACUGUUCCGAACCUACCUAAUCGACGGGGACUGGGCGGUGAAUGCGGGAAACUGGUUGUGGGUUUCCAGCUCAGCAUUCGAGAAAUCUCUCAACUACAGUUACAGCCUAGACCCCAGGGUUUAUGGAAGGCACGUGGAUUCUCAUGGAAAGUACAUUAAACGAUAUAUCCCUGAGCUGGCUAAUUAUCCUGUAGAAUACAUAUAUACACCUUGGAAAGCCCCGCUAGAAAUACAGAAGAAAGCUGGAUGCAUUAUCGGAAAGGAUUACCCGGAGCCGAUGAUAGAUCACGACGAAGCUGUUGCGCAAAACCGUCAGAUGAUGCUGAGCCUUCAGAAGGAUCUUCUGACCCAGGAGAAGGGUCAGCCGAACCAUGUCAGACCUUCAGGGGACUUAGAGAUCAAUCUUUUCUUCAGGAUUCACGAUUGAUGGAAGAAAUGAACCCAAGUAUAUUUCAAGACGCUACUCCUAGGAUUUAUUGGCAGUUUGUGAUUAUCCUAAAUCACGUUCCAAUGAACCUAUAUUUUUACUUUACAAUUGAAUAUUGAGAGUCUCGGGACCGUGUCUGUAAAAUGUUUUCGCAUGUUGUUUAUUGUUUAAUCUCAAAGAGAAUCUUUAUUUUUCAGUGUAAAACUUUUUAAAAGUUCAGAAACAUACGAUAAAUUAUUCUUUUUGGUAACAAAUUCAUAAAUAUUAAACUGUCCCCAAUCGUUGCAUACACUUUUUUCCGAAUCAAUUAAAUUCGGAGGGGGGGGGGGGUAUUGUUGACCCAGAGGACCUUUUUCUUAAUUAUAGUUACGCACUGACGCAGUUACAGCAUUUUAUACCUCAAAAGUAAACCAAGAAACUUUUUACAUUGUUUUUGCAAAACAGCAAACUCGCUAUUUUUGCAAAAGACCGCACCUGUUAUUUUUGCAGUAGACCAAACUGGUUAGUUUUGCUAGACUCCAAACCCGUCAUUUUACUAGUCACUAAACUAGUCAUUUUUGCUAGAGACAAACUAGUUUUUGUUCGCAGGAGCCCAAUUUUUUUUUCUUUUAGAGAACAAACUGGUUAUUUUUGCACGAGUUGAGACUGUUUUAUGUUGUAUGUACCCAUGUGAUAUUAAGUAUUAUGGAAUCUUAUAUUGAAAUAAAUGUUACUAGAACGAUG